AUGCGGGAAAGUUCUGUGCUCAAAGGCGUCACUGAAGCGGCAUAUCGCGGACAAACACGCCGAGAGGCAGGAGGAGUACCGUUGCACUAUUUGCGAGCGGGUGUACUGCUCGAGGAACUCGCUGAUGACGCAUAUAUACACCUACCACAAGUCGAGGCCCGGCGAGACGGACCAAAUCCGGUUUUUUUAGUGACUACUUGGACGGAGCUGGCGCGGCCCUCGGCAGAGCUCGUCUAG